AUGGCUCAAUGGACCUGCAAUUUUGGAUCUAGCCCUGCAGGUCGUAAGGUAUACAGAAAUUUGGUUAUAGCUGGAGAGGUCGAAGUGCUUGAACUUAGGCUCUUACAAAUUUUGAAGGUCUAUCUUGCAACAUUAGAAUACAUUAGCAUAUUUUAUGCCAUGGCUGUGUUAACGGGUUUCAGAAUCCUUCUAUUUUCAUUACUGGUAUCUCGAUUUCCGUUGGUUUUAGGUGAUGAUGUUAAAGUUACUGUAAAAGGUGUGACAUCCAUUGGUACAACAGAUGAUAACUUUAUAUGCGCAACUCUUGAUUGGUGGCCAGAAGCAAAAUGUUACUAUGGUCAAUGUCCAUGGGGAAAAUCUGGCAUCAUGAACCUGAAUUUGAAUAAUCCAAUUCUUUCCAAUGCUAUCAAAGCUUUUAAGGCCUUGAGAAUCCGUAUCGGAGGUUCGAUGCAAGAUCAAGUCUUGUACAAAGUAGGAAAAACAGUAAAGACAUGCAACAACUUAGAAAAUAGCACGAACGGUUUCUUCGGUUUCGCUGAUGGAUGUCUUACCAUGGAAAGAUGGGAUCAAAUCAAUGCCCUGAUGGCUGACACAGGAGCAUUAGUAACAUUUGGAAUAGAUGCGCUUUACGGGAGGAAAAGGUUAACUGCAUAUGGUCUCUAUGACGGUCACUGGGACUCGAUAAAUGCUCGUGAUUUCGUUAACUACACUAUCUUCAAAGGAUACAAGAUCGAUUCGUGGGAAUUCGGACAUGAACUUUGUGGAAGCGGCGUUUCUGCACGAGUAGAUGCUAGGCAAUACGCGGAAGAUGUCAUUAGGCUCAAGAAACUGCUUAACAAACUCUACCGGCGUUUUAAAAUACAGCCGAAACUGUUGGGUCCGGCAGGGUUUUACGACGAGAAAUGGUUUUCUUCCUUCCUGCAGAAAUCAGGACCUAAUGUCAUAGAUGUGGUAACUCACCAUAUCUACAAUCUCGGUUCAGGUGUAAAUCCUAAUUUAAUUCACUAUAUCCGAGACCCAUUGUUUCUUGAUAAGGUGGCUCAAACAUACAAGGACCUUGAGACAACCCUUCAGAUAUUUGGUCCAUGGGCAUCGGCUUGGGUUGGAGAAUCUGGUGGUGCAUAUAACAGCGGUGGAAAAACAGUCUCUCAUACAUUUGUUAAUAGCUUCUGGUACUUAGAUCAGCUCGGGAUGGCCUCGGCCUUCAACAAUAAAGUCUUUUGCAGACAAACUUUAGUCGGUGGGAACUACGGUCUUCUCAAUGCCACAACUAUGGUUCCAAAUCCAGAUUACUAUAGCGCACUUCUUUGGCACCGAUUAAUGGGAAAGAGCGUACUAUCGACGACUCACAAUGGCUCUCCAUACUUGCGAGCUUAUUCUCAUUGUUCUAAGAUGAAGCCAGGUAUUACAAUACUAUUGAUCAAUAUGUCCAACUGUACUGCAUUCAAUGUUUCCGUUGAGAGCGACGUGAAUUUGUACCCAUUGGCGCAACCAGAAGGUGUAAAACUCAGAGAAGAGUAUCAUUUAACAGCCAAAGGUGGUUGUAUUCAGAGUGAAGUCAUGCUACUAAAUGGGUUUCCGUUGGUACUUACAGAGAGAUUGGACAUUCCUCCGAUGAAACCUUUUCUCGUUGAUGGUUCCUUGCCGAUUAAAGUAGCUCCUGAUUCAAUUGUCUUUGCUACAUUUAGAGAUUUCAAAGCACCAGCUUGUGCAUGGGCAUAA